GAGGUCACUUGUAGCAAAGAGAGAGGCGCUGGACAAGCCCCUACUCCUACAUCCUGUUAACAGAUAUUGCUGUUCUGGAAAGCGAAUCUCUCACAGGGAUCUGUGACUGUGUACUUGGGUAGGAGGUGGGGGAUUCACAGAACCAUUUCACAGGUGGGGGCACCUGGCUGUCUCCGUUGGUGGAGAGUGCAGCUCUCGAUCUUGGGGUUGUGAGUUCGAGCCCCAUAUUGGGCACAGAGCUCACCUAAAAUUUUUUUAAAAAUAAAAAUGAUUUCAUAGGCACUUAAGAGCUAAGCAAGGAUCAGCAGACUUUUUCUGUAAAGGGACAGAGAGGAAUUGUUCGAGAUCCUGCAGGUCGUACUGUCUCUGUCUCAACCACUCGACUCUGUCACUGGAUCAAGAAGGCAGCCAUAGACAACUUCUAAGUUGAUGGAGGUGGCUGUAUUCCUAUAAAACGUCAUUUACAAACGCAGAAGGCAGCCCUGAUUUGGUCCGUAGCCUACAGUUUGCCAACUUGACCUCUGAGCUGUAAAGGAAAUGGCCUCUCCUGCAAACAGACUGCAACCAUGUCUGAGUCUGGCCAUAGUCAGCCUGGGCUCUAUGGGAUAGAGAGGCGGCGACGCUGGAAAGAGCCUGGCCCCGGUGGCCCCCAGAACCUCUCCGGGCCUGGUGGUCGGGAGAGGGACUACAUUGCCCCAUGGGAGAGAGAGAGACGGGAUGGCAGCGAAGAGACCAGCACGGCGGUCCUGCAGAAAACCCCCAUCAUCCUCUCGAAACCUCCAGCAGAGCGGUCUAAGCAGCCACCACCCCCAACAGCCCCGGCUGCCCCACCUGCCCCAGCCCCUCUCGAGAAGCCUAUCGUCCUCAUGAAACCACGGGAAGAGGGGAAAGGGCCUGCGGCUGCGACGACCACCUCCACCCCCGAGGGCGCUGCCCCAGCACCCCCUGCGGCCCCCGCACCGCCCAAGGGAGAGAAGGAGGGACAGAGACCCACGCAGCCUGUGUACCAGAUCCAGAACCGAGGCAUGGGCACUGCCGCACCCGCAGCCAUGGACCCUGUCGUGGGCCAGGCCAAACUACUGCCCCCAGAACGCAUGAAGCACAGCAUCAAGUUGGUAGAUGACCAGAUGAAUUGGUGUGACAGCGCCAUUGAGUACCUGUUGGAUCAGACCGAUGUGUUGGUGGUUGGUGUCCUGGGCCUUCAGGGGACAGGCAAGUCCAUGGUCAUGUCAUUGCUGUCAGCGAACACUCCUGAGGAGGACCAGAGGGCGUAUGUUUUCCGGGCCCAGAGUGCCGAGAUGAAGGAACGAGGGGGCAACCAGACCAGUGGCAUUGACUUCUUUAUUACCCAAGAGCGGAUUGUUUUCCUGGACACACAGCCCAUCCUGAGCCCCUCCAUCUUGGACCACCUUAUCAACAAUGACCGCAAGCUGCCUCCAGAGUACAACCUGCCCCACACCUACGUUGAGAUGCAGUCGCUCCAGAUCGCGGCUUUCCUCUUCACGGUCUGCCACGUGGUGAUCGUUGUCCAGGACUGGUUCACAGACCUCAGUUUAUACAGGUUCCUCCAGACAGCAGAGAUGGUGAAGCCCUCUACCCCAUCCCCCAGCCACGAGUCCAGCACUUCCUCAGGCUCUGACGAAGGCACUGAGUACUACCCCCACCUGGUCUUCCUGCAGAACAAAGCUCGCCGAGAGGACUUCUGUCCUCGAAAGCUGCGCCAGAUGCACCUGAUGAUUGACCAGCUCAUGGCUCACUCCCACUUGCGUUACAAGGGUACUCUGUCCAUGUUACAGUGCAACGUCUUCCCUGGGCUCCCACCUGACUUCCUGGACUCUGAGGUCAAUUUGUUCCUGGUGCCCUUCAUGGACAGCGAAGCAGAGAGUGAAAACCCACCUCGGGCAGGACCCGGUUCCAGCCCGCUCUUCUCCCUGCUCCCUGGGUACCGUGGCCACCCCAGUUUCCAGUCCCUGGUGAGCAAGCUCCGGAGCCAAGUGAUGUCCAUGGCCCGGCCACAGCUGUCACACACCAUCCUCACGGAGAAGAACUGGUUCCACUACGCUGCCCGGAUCUGGGACGGCGUAAAGAAGUCCUCUGCCCUGGCGGAGUACAGCCGCCUGCUGGCCUGAGGCCGAGGGGAGGAACGUCUUGCAGAGAACCCCCCUCUGGGUCCUCACGGAUGGUGAGGGAGCACACGCGUCCUGCCCCCCCUGGUGGGGUGGAAAGUGGCGGCAGGUCUAAUGGACGAGGGACCACGACAUCCUCGCCCAGAGACGUGAGGCGUCCAGGGCCAGGCCUCCCAUCCUCAACGGAGUGUUGUUCAGGGGCAACUCUGAGAUCCCACCCCCAACCUGGGCCAGGGCGGCCCAUCUCAGUCCCCUGCAGGGACAGGCAGUGGGAGUAGUCUGGUCACGGAGAAUCCCAGGUUCCAUCUUGACCUCCCUCGGCAGGGACAGGAGCAACAGGGUCCCUCCUCCCUGACUCUGAGCCCUUUCCUAUAAGGUGCGGCAGGGUCUGGGGAGCUCUUCGUUGGGGCAGGUCUGGUGGUUCGAAUAAAGAGUCAUGCAAGCCUG